GGAGGCAGCAGCAUGAAUGGGGGCCACUGCGGAGCGCCUGAUGCUGGGAGCCCCGUGCUCACAUCCUGUUCUCCACAGAAGAUGUGCUCCUGGAUGCUGAGCUGUUGCUUAGCCCUUCAGCACUUGGCUGUGCAGGUCUCCUUGCUCUGCAUCUUCCACCUCCUCCUCCUGCCCACCCUGCCUGAGGAGCCGUCCCACGCCCAGGCCACCAGCGAACUGCUGGCACGCAGCCUCUUUGCCUGCGGCAUCUCCACAGUGCUGCAGACGACCCUGGGGAGCCGGCUGCCGCUGGUUCAAAUCCCAUCCUUCGAGUACCUGGUCCCUGCCAUGGUGCUGAGUUCCCACCUGUCCCUCAGUGCCAGCGUGGACAGGAACGGCACAGCCAUGGCCAGCACGUGCCCUGCACCACACUGUGCCGUUGCAGGGAGCCGGGCUGCCUCACUGCAAGAGGUCUCUGGAGCUGUGCUGGUCUCUGGGCUGGUUCAGCUGGCGCUGGGAGUGUCUGGCGUGUGUGGGUGGGCAGCCCGGCACUGCGGGCCCAUGGUCCUGGCCCCCAGCCUCUCCAUCAUUGGGCUGUCUGCAUACAAGGAGGCUGCUUUCUUCUGCUCCACUAACUGGGGGGUAGCGCUGCUGCUCAUGCUCCUUGCUGUCACCUUCUCCCAGCACCUGGGGUCCUGCCGCCUGCCCUUCUGUGCCUGGCCGCAGGCUCAGGGGGACUCUGCAGAGAUGUCUGUCCCCACUCUGCGCAUGUUCUCGGUACUAUUCCCAUUUGCUGGUGUCUGCAUUGUCUGUGCCAUCCUCAGCCAUCUCCACAUCCCCUGGGAAUCGCUGGACCUGGCCGUGGCGCAGCUGUCCUGGGCCAACAACACUUUCCAUGCCCCUUGGCUCCACAUCCCCUACGCAGGCGAGUGGGGAUGGCCGCUGCUCACCCCCCGGGCGCUGGCAGUGGGCAUCGCCAUGGCCAUCGGUUGCAGCAUGAACUCGGUGGGCUGCUACGUGCUGUGUGGGAGGCUGCUGCGAGCACCCCGGCUGCCCCCCCAUGCCUGCAACCGGGGGCUCUGCAUGGAAGGGCUGGGCAGCCUCCUGGCAGGGCUGCUGGGCACCCCGGGGGGUACAGCCGCCAGCAUUGGCAACGCCUGCACCACCGGCCUCACGCAGACUGGUUCUCGCCCCUCGGUGCAAGUAAGUGCGCUGGUGUGCGUGGUGCUGGGCAUGUCCCCGAGGUUGGCAGGGCUCCUCACCCGCAUCCCGCUGGCAGUUCAUGGGGGGGUGCUCUGCGUCACCUAUGCCGUGGCCGUGGGCACGGGGAUCUCCUACUUCCAGUACGCGGACAUCGACUCUGGGAGGAACAUCUUCAUCGUUGGCUUCGCCAUGUUCAUGGCACUGCUGGUGCCACGGUGGCUUGGCGCGGCUCCGGCUCACCUGGCCACAGGCUGGGUGCCCCUGGACCUCCUCUUCCUCUCGCUGCUCAUGGUGCCUGUCUUCUUAACUGGCUUCCUGUCGUUUUUCCUGGAGAACACGGUCUCAGGAACCCUGGAGGAGCGAGGGCUGCUCUCCAACCUGGCACUGCGGAAAGCUGGGGCAAGCGAUCGCCACCCCUGUGGAGAGAGGAGCGAAGCCAGCCAGGUGUAUGGGCUCCCUGCCGGGCUGAGGAAGCUGCUGCCAUCCUCCUGCAAAGCCUUCCCCUGCUGCUUUCUCUGCCCGUGGAGUGAGGAAGAGGAGAAGGAAGAGGAAGAGGACAGCUGUGCCCCUGAGGAGGGGACAGCUGCCCCAGGGGAAGGGACACACCUGCUCCCCAAACCUGUCUCGGGGGAGCAGCAGCUGGCCAGGAGGCUGAGUGAGAUGGAGAUGCCCACGUGGCACGCUGUGACCUGA